AUGAAAGAAGAUAUAAAACCUGCUUCAUUAACUACUUUUAGAUUAGAAAUUAAAUUACUGAUAAAUGAAAAAAAUGGAAAUUUAAAAGAUUUUAAAACUAAAAUUAAUAUAUCUGAAAGUAAUAUAUCAAUUUUUAAUACAAUUAAAUAUUAUGUAUUACGUAAAGAAACUAAAGAUGAAAAAGCAGCUUCAUCAUCACCACCACCACAACCAAAUAAAAAAUCACAUAAUAAAUUAACAAUUGAUAAGAUUCUAAAAUUAUCACAUAAUUUAGUUUCUGAUAUAAGUAUACAUAUUGAAAAUUCUAAAAUUUCAGAAAUUCCAUUUGUAUUAAUUGAAGAUAAUAUGUCAAUUGAAGAAUAUUUUAAAGAAAUUAGACCCAAAACAUCAUUGGAAAUUGUAACAAAAUCUGUUUCUUUUAAUUUAUCAAAAUUAAAUAAAGAUUCAGCUGGUUUUGAAGCAAGUUUUAAUCCAAAAUUAGAUUCUCCUUUCCAUUUAACUUUAUCAAUUCAAUUAUUUAAAAUUUUUUUUAUCAAAAGAAUUAAUUUAUUAAAUGGUAUAGAUGGACAAAAUUCUGAUGAAUUAUUAAAUAUGCCAAAUAAUUCAUUUACUUUUAAAUCAAAUUUAUUAAGUCAAUUAAUUCAAUCAAGAGGUUUUGAAAAUUGUGUAAUGGAAAUUUAUUUUUCUGCAAGUUCUCCCAUAUUAGAUGUUACUUCAAGACAAAUGAGUGCAUUAUUAUAUAAUGGAGUAUUAAUUCAAAAAUGGUUUAAGUUGAAAAAAUUAAGAAAACAAAUUAAUAAUGAACAAAUAAGUGAUAAUGAAGAAGAUGAAGAUGAAUUAAAAGUUAAAUCUUUAAAAGCAAGAAUUUGGAAAUAUGUUAAUGAUCAUUAUCCAAAUUUAGAUAUGAAAAUUGUUAUUGAACAACCAAGAAUUAUUUUACAACAUGAAGGAAAAAACACUCAAUUAUUAAAUUGUUCUUAUUCUUUAUUAAAUUUUAAUUUAUCAACUACUGAAACAAGAGAUUAUUCAGCAAAUUUAGAAAUUUUAUAUCCAAUUAUAAAUUAUCAUGAAAAAUCAAAUUUAUCAAGUAAAGAUUUUAAUAAUAAAAUAAUGAAAAAGGAUAUUGCUAAAAUGAAUAAUUUUAAUUUAAAAUUAGAUAUUUUUAAGAAUCUUACUAUAAAUUCAUCAAUUGAAUUUAAUAAAAUUGUUGUAAGUUUAACAAGUUUAGAAGUUUUUCAAGGUAUUCAUUGGUUAUUAUUAGAUGUUACAAAAUUAGCAGAAAGUGAUUUUUCAAUUGGAAGAAUAAAUAAUUCAUUUAAUGAAGAAUUGAAAGAAUUGAAUAUAUCAAAACAGACCAGUAUACCAGUAAAAUCCAUGGAAGAAAAACUUUUCAAAUAUUUACCUUCUUGGAUUAAUCAAAUUGAAAUUAAAUUUGUUGAAAUUGAUUUAUUAAUUGGUGCAAGAUCUGUACUUAUUCCGAAGUCUGAUCUUUUUGAAUCGAGUCUUAAUGAUAUUGAUAGAAAUCAUGAUUUAAGAAAAAUAAAUUUAAAAUUAGAAUCAAUUAAAACUUUAAUUAUAAAUAAUGAUAAUAAUAAUGAUCAAUGUGAGAGUGAUUUAUCAUCAAAUUCACUGGAAACUUUAACUUCUUUAGUUGAUACAGAAUAUUGGUCCAUAACAACCACACUAAAAAAUUUACAAUUAUUAAUGCCAGAUGAUCAUAGUUCAAAACAUUCCAAAACAACACCAUUUAUUGAAUUUCCCAAGAUAGAAAUGAAAAUGGAUUCAAUAACUGAUUUAUAUGGAAAAAAUCAAUUAUUAUUUGCUUCAAAAAUUGACAAAUUAAAUUUAAAUUAUAAUAGAUUUAAAUUAUUUACAUUAAUUGGUUCAAUUUAUUUAAUUAGAGAAUUUAUAAUUGAACCUUUAAAAUUAAUAAAAUCCAAAAUAAAAAAAGAAUUAAAUAAAUUUGAACAACCAUCAAUUUCAAAAUCUACAAAUAUUUUAAAAUUUUUAGUAUUAAAUAUUGUAUUAGAAGAACUGACUAUGAUAUUAUAUUUAUCAUCAGAUUUUAAAUUGAAAUUACAAUUAUCAAAUUUAGAAAUUGAUUUAGUUAAUAAAAUUGGAAAGCUAUCAUUAUAUUUUAUAAGAUUAUUAGCUAUAUCACCAACUAUAAAAGAUAAAUGGUGUAGAUUAGUUUGUGUUGAUUCAUUAAAUUUAAAUUCAACAUUAAGUAAAAAACCAAAAUUAGAUAUUCAUACAGAUUCAAUUAGAUUAAUUCAACCUCAUAAAUUUAUUGUAUAUAAAUUAUUUGAUAAUAUUUCAAUUUCAUUGAAGCUAGCAAAACAUUUAGUCAAGUUAUUAAAAUCUAAUGAAACUAAAGAAAAUUCAAAUAUUGUUCAUCCUCAUCAACAAAAUCCAAUUCCAUUACCUCCUAUAUCAAUAAAAUCAAAUCAUUUAAAAUUUGUAAUGGAAGAUGAUCCUUUUGAAUCUGAAUUAGGUAUGAUUUAUCAAUUAGGUUUAGUUGAACAAAGGAAAAGAUUAGAAUUAUAUUCAUUAUUUGAAAAUAAAGAACGUCAAUUACCAGAUGAUAAACAGUACUUCAAGAGAUUAGAUAAUUUAAAUCAAACAAUUUCAAAACUGUGGAUUAGAAAAGUUCAAGUAUAUAAAGAAAAAUUAAGAAAAGAAGUUGCAAAUCAUAAAACUUAUCUUUUUGGUAAUGAAUGUAAAUUUGAUUCAAAUUAUAAUUUGGAUGUUGUUGCUUAUCCUUAUCAUGCUCCUUUAUUAAUAAUAGCAAUGGAAGGAUUUGAUUUAAAUAUUAAUCAACCUGAAUUUGGUUUAGAUAAUGUUGCUGAUUUCAUAUAUGAAGUUGGUCAAAAAGUUCCAAAAGAUACUAAAUAUUCAGUAUUAAUCCCUACACAAUUAGAUUUAAAAGUUAUUGAAAUGAGAAUGCAUUUAAGAGAUUAUCCAUUACCUAUAUUAUAUUCACCAAGAUGUAAAAAUAAUAAUUCAAGUUUAUAUUUAAAAGGUCCACUUGUAAUAACAGAACAAUUAGUUACAAAAGAUGAACAUAUAAGAAAAUUGGAUAUCCCCCUUGUCCCCCAAGCAAAUUCAAAAUAUGAUUCAUUAAUUGUUGAAAAAACUUUAUCAAGUAUUAAAAUGUAUACAAAAUUAAAUUGUAAAUUUGAUUCAGAUUAUCCAACAAGAAUUAUAUGGGGUACAUCAUAUAAUUUUGGUAUACAACAAUUUAUGUUAAAUUUUGAUCAAUUUUCAAAACCUCCUGUUGAUCCUUCUAAUAAAUUAGGAUUUUGGGAUAAAUUAAAAUAUAUUUUACAUGGUUCUUGUACAAUAAAAACAAGAAAAAGUUUAGAAGUUGGUUUUAAAGGUUCAAGAGAUCCUUAUGAUUUAUUAGGUACUUCAACAGGAUUUGUAUUAUCUUUUCAAAAAAAUGUCAUAUGGGAUAUAAAUAAAAAUGAUGAUUCAAGACAAUUUUUUGAUAUUACUGCUGAUUCUGUAUCAUGGUAUAUACCAAAUUAUUUAGGUGGUCCUUUGCUAGCAUGGACAAGAAAUAGUUUAGAUUCCAUUUAUUUACCUGAUUCUCCAAAUUUUAUAAGUUCUUGUUUUGCUUAUUAUUUAGAAGAUUCCAAAACUAAACCAGAUUUUGAUUAUAUGAAAAAAGUAUUUGCAAAAGAUACUAUAAAUUUAAGUGGUGGUAUAAGUUAUCGUGUUGGUUUCCUUUUGCAACGUAAAGUUGAUGGUAAAAGAAUUGAUAAAUUUAAACCUCAUUAUGAUAUUCAAUUAAUGAAUCCAAAAUAUUGUGACAAAGAUCAUGAUUCUUAUCGGGGUUUCAGAAGUGAAUAUAUUCAUAUGGCUAUUUCAUUAACUGCUGAUAAAGAUAAUACUUACAAUACUAUACAUUUAAGUCCAGGAGCUUUUAAUCAAUUUUUUGCAUGGUGGAAAUUAUUUGCAAGUAAUAUGAUGUUACCAAUAAGAAGAGGUCCAUUAUUUGGAGAAGUUAAAAAUUCUGUAAAAUUUUCUCAACAUUUAUUUACAAAUAAAUUUUCAUUUUAUUUAAAAUCAUUAUUUUUAUCACAUAUUUAUAGAGAUGAAAUAGUUGAUGUUAAUGAUGAUAGAAUUGAAUGUGUUGGAUUAAGAGCUAAAAUUAAUGAAUUUUCAGUUGAUUUACAUCAAAGAAAAGAACCAACAACAUUAUAUCAUGAAGAAUUAUCAAAAUCUACAAAAAUCAUGAAAAUGAUUUUUAAUGUUGGAGAAGUUACAUUAUCUGGGAUUGAUAUGAGAGUAAUUCAUACAAGUUUUAUUCAAAAUUUAUAUUCAAAUAAUAAAAAAUCUUAUAAUGAUGAUAAAAAUUCAAAAUAUAAUAUAUAUUUCGAUAAUGAUAAACGUUGGUUUGAUAUUCAAGAUUAUGAAGAAGCAUUUUUACCAUCAAUAAAAUAUAGUCCAAGAAAUGUUAAUAUUUAUCCAGUAAUGUAUUCUCAUAGAUUUUCAUAUGAAAGAGAUACUGAUCAAGAUGCUUCAAAAAAUGAAGAAGAUGAUCAAUUUGGUAAUGAAGAUAUUCAUAAUUGUAGAAUUAAAGAUAAAGAUCCAACACAAGUUCGUAUUGAUAUAUUAACAAAUAGAUUAAAUUCAUUAAAUCAAAUUUCCAAAAAAGAUUCAAGUCUUUUAAAAAGAAUUGAAUUUUUAGAAAAAGAAAUUGAAGGAGUUAAAAAAAAUAAAAGAAUUGUUUAUCAAAGAUCAUCAACAAUGGCUUCAGUACAAAAGGAAGAUGAAUUUUUUCAUAAUAAAUUUACUUGGUUAAGUAUGCUUUUAAAAUGGAAUAGAAAUUGUAGAAAUUUAGUUUUAAAAUAUAUUCAUUUUGUUCAAUUAAAAGCAAAUAUGAGAAAAUAUUUAUCCCAUGAAUCAAUAACUUUGCUUGAAAAAAUUAUUGAAAAAGGUAAAAAGGCAAUGGAAGAAGAUCAAAGUAGCAAUAGUGAACAAUCUAAUUUCUCAGAAUCUAAUGGUAGAAGUUUAUCUACUCAUGAUGAUUCUGAAACUAUUGAUUUAUCAUCAAAACAAAGAUUAAUUAAAUUUGAUAAAAUUUUAAAAGAAAUUUCGGGAUCUGAAAAUUUAUCAGAAGAUUAUUUAAUUGAAAUUAUAUCACCUCAAAUUCAAUUACAAAGUGAUGAUGCUCCUGAAUCAGUAGUUAUUAUAUCUGCUCCAUCAAUAAGUGGUAAAUUUAUAUCUAUUUUAGAUUCCAAGGAUUCACCUAAUCCAGAUACUUUAGAAAAAAGAUAUGGUUGUAUAUUAAAAGAUGCAAGUGUAUUUGUAUUAAAUAAAAAUUCAUUAAAUCCUUUAGUUGUUAUUGAAAAUCCUUAUGGUGCUAAAUCAAAUUCAAAUUGGCCACCAUGGUUAGGUCCAGAAGUAACUCAAAAUGGAAAAUGGGCAGGAGAAGAUCAAUUAUUAAUUCAAAAUUUAUCAGUAAUGACAUUAUUAUAUGAUACAGAAAUUAAAUUAAAUGAUAAUAAAAAUAAUUCAUCACAAAUUGAUGCACCAAAAAGAUUAAGAAUUGAUACUCCCUCCAUAAUUUUAACUUCUACUUCAUCACAAUAUUUUACAUUAUAUGUUAUAAUUAUAAGUCUUUUAUUUUAUAGUGAACCAUUAAGUAAAGUUAUUCAAGAAAAAAUUGAAAAAAUGAAAUUUUCAAUAGAUUUUGAAAAUUUAGAAGGAAUGACUGAAAAAGUUAAAAUAAUGCAAUCAUAUUAUAGAACAUUAAAAUUAUUAGCAUCAAAUUAUAGUUUUAGAAAAAAUCAUUUAACAAAUGAAGAUUUAAAUAAUUAUUUAACUAUAAAUUUAGAAAGUGGAGAAUAUGCAAGUGAUAUUUAUUUAUUUUUAAAAACUUUAUUAGCUGGUGAUUUUUUUGAUGAUUCUUCAAAUAAUCCUCAAAUUUCUUGGUUAAUUAAAGCAGAUGAAUUUAUAUUACACAUCUUGGAAGAAGAUAGAACACCCAUAUUAGAUCUUGCAUUAGCUAAAGGAAUCUACAAAAGAAAAGAAUUUGAAAGUGGUUCAAAUUUUAAUAGAAUUCAAGUUGGUAUGUUACAAGGUUUUAAUUUAAUUGAAAAUGCAAGAUAUCCUGAUUUUAUAAAUCCAAUAGAUAAUACCAAAAUAGAUAAAAAUUUAAUUGAUUUAUCAUGGACAAUGAAUAGAUCAGUUGGUGGUAUAAAAGUUGUUGAAAAUAUGCAAGUUAAUUCAUUACCAUUAAAUAUUAAAAUUGAUGAAAUUACAGGUGAAAAAUUAAUGAAUUUUAUUUUUCAAACUGAUUCUACAUCUGAUUUAAAAAAUAGUAAAGUUAUGACUUUUACAAAUAAUACAGAAGCUAAAAAGGAUGAAAUUGAAAAUCCAGAUGGUAAUAAUGAUGAAUUUGGAUUUGUUGUUGAAACUGAAGGAGCAAAUAAAUCUGUAAAUUUUGAUAAAAAUAAAGAAAAAUUAGAAAAACAAGAGAAAGAUAAAAAAGAAAAUGGAAGUAGUAGUAAUAAUACAAGCGACAAAAAUAAAAGAAGUUUAACAAAACUUUCAGGAUUAAAAUCAUCAGAAACAAGUAAUUCAAAUGAUGAAGAAGAAGAUGAUGAACAAAUUAAUGAAAUGAUUGAAAGAUCAAAAAAAUAUUUUUCAAUUAUAUCAUUAAUUAUAAAAUCAAUAACUUUACAAAUAACAAUAAAAUUAAAUAAAGGAUAUAAAAGAAUUUUAAAUGUUAAUAAUUUUAAAAUUGAAUUACCUCAAAUAAAUAUAAAUAAUGAAAUUAUGUCAUUUAUUGAUUUAACUAAUAUGAUAAAAAAAUUAAUUAUAAAAACUUUAUUAAGUCAUAUUGGUAAAUUAUUAGCAAAUAAAUUAAAAUCAAAUAUUGAUAACACCACAAAAGUCAUUGAUGAUCAAGAUCAAAUUGAACAAAAAAAUAAAAGAUCAAUUUUAAAACCUUUAAAAAAAUAUGAUAGAUUUAUUCCUGUAAAGGAAUUAACUGUUGUUAAAACUAUAACGAAGUAA